AUGAAAGAAGCUGCUUUAAUUUACCUUGACAAGAGUGGUGGUCUUCAGAAAUUUGUUAAUGACUGCAAAUUAUAUUGUAAUGAAUCUAGCCAAGCUUGCGCUGUUUUCCGGUUUCUUAUAUUGGUAAACCCAUCUGAUAUUACUGAGUUGGAUGCUACUCUUGGAAAUUAUAUUUUGCAUCAACCUGUGAAGGGUACCCAGAUUUUUCAAUCAGUAUGUUUUACUGCAGCUAAAACAUUGUCAUUAAUUCAACAAAUAGAGACUGAAGCUCAGAUGAAUAUAGUCCUGAAACUAACACAUUUACCUUCCUUGCCGUGUUACGUUCUCAGUCUUUGCAAAUUUCCAUUUGAUUAUACUACUCAGAGGUUUUAUGUGGCAGAGGGAAUAGUGAUUGCAAUGAGUAUCAUAACGAAGUAUACACAGGGAGCAAAAUUUGUUUGUUCUGAAGAGAAAUGUCAGUUUUCUGAAGGGUUUCAGUAUAUAAGAGUACAUACUGCUGGAGCCACAGAAUCUGCAACACUAAGAAAUGAUUUUGUAUGCAACUUAUGUAUGUCACCUCUGAAAGAAGACAAGAAAUAUCGAGUACUUGGUGAUAAACAAAUGGUUGAAAUGAUUGAUGCUAAAGCAGUUAGUGUGUUUCAGGGAUUUUCUGGAAGUAAAACACAUUCAAGAUUUCAAUCAUUUACGGUGUUUCUAAGAGAUGAAUUAUCCAAUGAAAUGAAAAUGGGAAAUCAAUGUAAAGUUAUAGGAAUUCCUAUCUGUAUGCAAAGCUGCUUACAAGCCACAAUUUGUCUUGAAGCUAACAGUGUAUAUCCUUCUAAUUCUACAGGGCCUUCUUGUAUCAGUGAAAAAUUUAAGUACCUGCUUUCUUUGACUUCAAAUUCAUGUUGGAAAUUUACAGCACUUCUGGCUGAUAGCUUUGCUUCAAAAGUUCUACCAUCUGGCAUUUAUAAUAUUCUGAAAUUGUCCAUAAUGUUGAGCUUAGUACAGACUAUUGAUGGAGAUGACAGAACAGCAGACUACUUAGAUCUUCUGGUAAUAACAAAUGAUUCUCUUAUACUGGAGAGAAUUAUGAAUUAUAGUAUAUGUCUUGUGCCUCGAGGCAUUCGGCAUUUUCCAUCUGGUGAAGUUUUUCCAACUGUAUCAAAAGAUAAACAUGGGACCGGAAGUGCUAUUAUUCAGGCCGGUAGUGCUUUAAUGGCUAAAAAUGGAAUAUGCUUCAUUGGAGAGCUGACUUCAUAUAAGAAAGAGAAACUUGAACAAUUACAAGCAGUGUACAAUGGAUUUAAAAGAUUUAUUUUUGUUUGUAGGAUUUCACUGUCUAAAGCGCAUGCUAAGCUGAGCCUAAGGACAAAAGUACUCGAACAAGAUGUUUUAAUUGCAGUGUUAUUAUUUGAAUCAUCUCUUACUUUAAAAUAUGGUGCUUCUGUAUUUUGUGUGGCUCCUAAUGCACUUUUUCCAUUUGAAGUCAAUUCUGAGAACUCCCUGAAUCAAAGGGAUAUUUACUUGACGGAAUGCUACCAACAAUUGAAACAGUUCAUUGCUACAUAUGGGCCUGUGACACACGUUUUCAGCAGUGAGAUUUAACAAUACACAAUACUGAAUCAAAUUCUCAGGAAAAUUAAUUCAUUCAUCUAACCUACCAUUGCCCUUACAAGCUAUGUUAUAGAAUACAUUAAUGCUGUAAUGACUCAAUGCUGUAAUGCAGGGGGGGUCAAACUUGAUUUCAUUGAGGGCUGCAUCAGGGUUGUGUUUGACCACAGGGGGCUAGGGUGGGUGUG